CUCAGUAACCAUCCCGCAGAAAAAUGUUGUCGUAAUUUUCAGCAUGUGCUGCUUUACAAACGGCGCCCCAUAUGGGUGUGUUUAAAUAUUUGUCAGAAUUGGAAUUGGAGGUGAUCCACCGAAAUUCAUGAUUACGCAAGUGAAUGGAUCACGUUAGAAAUCCGCUCCAGGUUUUACCUUGUUGCUCUUGUCGUGGUAGCGCAGGCAGGAUGCACCGAGGACGCAGUUUUGCGGAUUCACGCAGCGUGUGCUAGCACAGCUGAGCUCAACCGGCCGUAUCUUGUCAAGAGUUACCACAUGCUCGGAAGCUGUGUGGGUCUCCUCCUCCAGUAGGAUGCAAUUACAUCGUGUCAACGUAGCCCGUUGCUGCCUCCGGGUGCAAACGCAUAUCUUGUAUAGCUACUAGGACACUUAGCGCUUUGACCUUUGACUCGCAGCGGAUGACAAUACAAAGGUCGCUGGCAGGCAGCGCAUCUUUGCGGCUCGAGAGGACGGCGCUUUUAGUAGAAUGCCACAGUCCUUCCUGAAAGUUGGUCGAUAGCGGUAGAGAUAGCUUCAGUACCGGCAGAGGAGGGGGAGGAGGCAGCACACUUGGAGGCCCGGUAGCGGCUUUCCACGGACAGAAGGCCAGCUCAGGAAAGGAGGAAAACUGCAGCACCAUGGACAGCUCAGAUAUGGAUGCUAACUAUGGUGGAGGACUGCUUGAUAUGGUAAAGGGCGGAGCUGGAAAAUUCUUUAGUAACUUCAAAGACAAUCUCAAGGACACACUGAAAGACACAUCCACCAAGGUCAUGCAUCAGGUUUCCACGUACACUAAAGGUGAAUUGGAUAUUGCCUAUAUCACAACACGAAUCAUAGUGAUGACCUACCCAGCCGAGUCGGUGCAGAUUGGCUACCAGAACCAUGUGGAAGACAUCCGAUCCUUCCUCGACGGCCGCCAUGCUGACCACUAUACUGUCUUCAACCUGUCGCAACGCAACUACCGUGGAGCCAAAUUCUCCAACAGGGUUUCAGAGUGUAAUUGGCCUGCUCGCCAGGCUCCCAGCCUCCACAACCUCUUUGCUGUAUGUAAGAACAUGCACAACUGGCUCAAACAGAACCCCAAGAAUGUGUGUGUCAUCACCUGCUCGGAUGGGCGUGCUCCUUCAGGUGUUUUGGUGUGUGCCAUGUUUUGCUUCUGCCACCUCUUCAAUAAUCCAGUUCCUGCCAUGCAACUCCUCAGCGCUAAGAGACCAGGCUCGGGCCUUUGGCCGUCACACCGCAGGUACAUUGGGUAUGUGUGUAGCAUGGUUUCAGAGAAGCCCAGUCUACCCCACAGCAAGCCUCUGAUUAUCAAGGCUCUCACCAUGAGUCCAGUUCCCUGCUUCAACAAGCAACGGAGUGGCUGUCGGCCUUUCUGUGAUGUUCUCAUUGGAGAGACAAAAAUCUUUACCACGGCGCAGGAGUAUGAAAGAAUGAGAGAGCACAGAGUUCAAGAGGGGAAAGUGGUUUUUCCUCUGGGCGUCAGCGUACAAGGAGAUGUGGUAGUUUCUGUCUAUCACAUGAGGUCCACUAUUGGGGGACGUCUGCAAGCCAAGGUGUCCAACACACAAAUAUUCCAGAUCCAGUUUCACACUGGCUUUAUUGCUCCUGGAACAACUGUGUUAAAAUUUAACAAAGCGGAGCUGGAUGCAUGUGAAUCUCCUGACAAGUAUCCUCAGCUGUUUCAUGUCAUAGUGGACGUGGAGGUCGAGAGCUUAGACAAGCAGAAAGACCUGACGCCACCUUGGGAACAGUUUCCAUCGAAAGACCUAAGUCCCAAUGUACUUUUCACCUGCCAUCAAGAACAUCAGGAUGCACUCGCUAUUGCUGAGCCGAGCAGACCACUUGGAGGCCCUGACAGUCGGGGCCACGGUGAGGAGAGCGAGCCUUCCGACGACGAGAUGCUGUCUUUCUCCAGUCAGCGAAGCAGCAUUAGCACAGCACCCCCGAGAGGGGAUCAGUCUUCUCCCACCCAUGUGGACCCUGAGCCACCUGCAGAAGUAGAUCUCCUCGGCUUGGACGGAGAAGAUAUCAAGCAACCACCUCCAACAACCCAGCCCCCAUCUGCUGCAGCUGCAACUACUGACCUUCUUGGGGACUUUUUGGGGACUCCCCCCCAGCCAACCAGUGGGCCAUCUUCCACCAACUCCACUCCACAUAAAACAGUACCAAGCUCAGCUUCACCAUCUCCAUCCCCUGGCCCACAAGUGUUUGACCCAUUUGGGGCAGGUCCCAUGCCAAAGCCUCAGGAGGUGAUGGGUUCGUUCCUCGGACCAGGUAAUUUGCGGCAUUCAGAUCCAUUCCUGCAUGCCACUUGCACUCCACCACCCACCCUGCAGCCUACAAGUUUUGGUCGGAGUUCUCCCGUAUCAUCUGCUGCCCCAACUGUCAACAUUCAACAGCAAAACAUCAUGGGAGGUUGGGAAUGGAACAGAACUGCCACUACAAGCACAGGAGGAGGCUUGGGAAUGGGCAGUCGAUCAGCCACGACAAGCCCAACCGGUUCGGUCCACAGCACACCAACCCAUCAAACCAAGCCAAACACUCUAGACCCUUUUGCUGACUUAGGCAACCUCGGGGGAAGUCUCGGAGGAGGCUCCGGAUUCUCCAGCAAGCCUACCACACCAACAGGAACAAGCCCUUCCUUUCCUUCAGUGGGCUCCCCAUCGCGGCCUCCACCAUCUCCCCAGCAUGCAGGAGGGUGGCAUCCACACUCAGGAGCUGCCUUCCCAUCAUGGCAGCCUAAUUCUGGCACAGGAGGCUGGCAAGCACAGGGACCCACACCACAGCCCAAGCCGAGCCCUAGCCAUACCGCCAUGCCUCACAGUUCCCCCCAGAACCGACCAAACUACAAUGUUAGUUUCUCUGCAGCUGGUGGUGGAUCACCCAGUGCUGCGAGCAAAGCACAGAUGGGCUCAUGGGGCAAGGCUUCGAAUGCGAACUUUGAUGACCUGCUGUCUGGUCAAGGCUUUGCAGGACCCAAAGAUAAGAAAGGACCAAGAACUAUAGCAGAAAUGAGGAAGGAGGAAAUGGCCAAAGAGAUGGACCCUGAGAAAAUUAAAAUUCUAGAAUGGAUUGAAGGGAAAGAGCGGAACAUCCGAGCGCUCCUGUCCACUAUGCAUACAGUGUUGUGGGAAGGAGAAACCCGCUGGAAGCCUGUUGGAAUGGCUGACCUGGUGACUCCAGAACAAGUCAAAAAGGUCUACCGCAAAGCUGUCCUCGUCGUCCACCCAGACAAGGCAACAGGACAACCCUAUGAACAAUAUGCCAAGAUGAUUUUCAUGGAACUAAAUGAUGCUUGGUCUGAAUUUGAAAGCCAAGGACAAAAACCUCUCUACUGAAAACUGAUUGCAGGGGAAUUAAGGAUGAGGAGCUCCCGAAACGUUUCGUCACUGGUCAAAUAUGGCAUUCAUACAGCUACGUUUGGUUCCCACCCCAUAGGUCGAAGAGAAUCACCUUUCAGCUAGACCACCACAGCUAUUUGGAUCCUGAUCACAGCAGUACUGCAUAGGUUCCUGCUGUAUGUUUUGUGCAAUACUACUCCAUCUUGUGAUGUGUCCUGAUCUAAUGCAGCAAUCAAAGCAAACACAAUGGAGUGCCUAGGGAACAUGUGAAAUGAGCAGAUCAAACGAUUACCAAACAGUGCAAGAGAAGAGAAACACAGCAGAGGACAGUUUUACUGUACAAAAAAGUAGUACAACAUAAUACAUUCUGAAAUACUCUAUAAUACUCCACCCGAAACAGUUAUAUAAUUUCUGACAGUUUAACUCGAGCCUUGUGCUAUUGUUUGUAAUUUAGGAUUAGCACAUGUAUAGUUCUAAAUAUGACCCACGUUGAAGGCUCUCAUAACUUGUCAAGUAAUUAGCUAAUUUUCAAUGGCGGCUAUCAAGGUGUUCAAAGCACAAACUUCUGUGGAGCUUUGAAGCAAGGUGAUUGUUAUCUAUUUAUCUAUUGUUUAUCAUUAUUGCUGUUCACCAGGUCUUGUUUAUUUUAAUUGUUUUAAUAUAUUAUGCUUUUCUUAGGCCCCUGUAUUUAAUGACAAAGGUACAGAUGUCUGAGCUAGUAACCCGGCAACAGAGUGUCAAACCAGCAGUGAUUGGUCAGAAGGUACCGUAUUUCCGUGUUUAGUCUUUUGUGGAUUGUUUUAUGUUUAGGUACAAAAAUCACCAAAUAUAUCCAUCACUGCUAGUCUGAAAACAUCUUUCCCCCUAACCUUUUCUAAAACAAUAAAAGGUUAAUUUUGCAAUGGUUUAUGGUCUAAAAUUGGAUAGUAAUACAAUACUGAUGAUAAUGUUGUUUAAUGCAUCCAUACGUCAGCUGCUACUGUAAUAAUUUAAUGACAUUUAUUAUGUGAUGCCAAGAGUUUUGUACGCCGAUUUUUUUUUUUGUUUUUAUCAAAAGCACUGACACUUUUUCAGUUUAAAUAACGCUAAUGCAAUUUGUCAGGAAUAGAAUCAUGUCAUAUCUAAUUAAAGUUAUGUACACUCCUUUUUAACAGAAUUACAUCUGAUUGUUACUGAUAGUGGGAAAAUUCUCCAUACUGUUUACUGAUUUUGACGCAUAAUGUUCCUAUGUUCGUGUUCCUUCACUAGGAAAUUUUCGAGACAAAUGCAGGGAGGGUCAAAAUGAUUUCACCCCUGUUGAUGGUUGUCAUUUUUAUGUCAUUUGAUGAAAUGGUUUAUUUUAAGGACUCUUAUUUUGGAUAGAGCUAAACGGAAAAGUUGCUGUAAUUGAUGCUUGGGGUCCGUAGGUUUGAAUGCUAUUAACUGUGGUGAGAGUCAACCUCAGAAGCACAGGAAAAACAGGAUUGGAAGUACAGAUGAAGUUAGUGUCCUUUUUUAUGCUGUACUUAUACAGAUCACCAAUGUGAAAUAUCUCAUACUGUAAGCUCCCUUGCUGAGAGCAAUAUUCAUCUAAAGUCUUACAAAUCAGCAAAAAAUACUGUAACUCCAGUGUUGUACUCAGUGGAUGUGUGUGCUUAAAUUGUAUGUAUGGAAGUGAUUUCGACUGUCGUAAUGUGUUUGCCUGACUGUUAAAGCAUUACUAAACUGAGCAAAAUACAAUUUACGUGUUCAGUUAAUUUUUUAUUGUACUGUCACAGAAGAUAGAUGAAGGAAGGAAGAAGGUAGUAGACAACUGAAGAAAGUGGAAGAUGGCCACUUUUAAUGGCUCCAAAAUAUGCUGAUACAAUUUCAAAACAAGCAAAGAAGCUAGUGAGGCCUGUAAUUUCAAUAGAGAAAAUUUAGUAUUCUUGUCUGACAAAUGACAAAGAACAGCAGAAAGUCAAUGAGGACUGUUAUGCUCACAUUUAACGCUUACUAAAAGUGAAAUGCAAUAAAACCAUACCCAAUAAAGCUCUCCAACUAAAGAAGCACUCUGAGCAGAUUUCCGCCCGAGCAGCCAGAUUCAAAGUAUUGCCAUGUUUCUGACCUCUGAACUUUGACCCUCUCGCUUAUUAUCUCACCUACUCUGCAAAUUUGAGUUAAAUAGGCUUAUCCUUUGUCACGUUAUCACAAAAUAACUUUUUUCCAGACCUCUGUGACCUUUGAACUCAUCAACCAAAAUUUAAUCACCUCUUCCAUUUCAUAUUAAGAAUAUAUUCUGCAAGUUUGACCUCUGAUCUCUUCAACCCAAAAUUGAAUCACUUCUUCCAUUUCAUAUAUAAACAUGUUUGAUAAUAACCCCUUUAUAAUGUUGUUGUUAUACUGAACAAAAACAUACAGAAAACCGAAAUGAAUACAGUGGUACCUUGACAUACGAUCCUUUUGACAUCCGACAUAAAAUUUGACUUGUCAUUUGUCUCGACAUAUGACGACAUGCUAGCACGGCGGAUUUACUUGUGAGAGAAAUCAACAUGGGUCCCAAGAAGGUUAGUGCAGGUGGUGAAAAAAGGUGACGUUUACCAUUGAAAUUAAGAUAAAAUGAUGAAACAUGUCUAAAAUCUCGACGGUCCUCCUUCGACCUCAGUUCGCCUGUCUUUAUAAGUAAAGGUGACUAUUAUUGUAACAUCGACAAGAAAGGCGCCAGCUUCGUCAUGUUUUUUAUCGUUUAUUUCAGAACUUGUGCAACACAACACAGGUACCUUUCGUCGUAGCCAGAGCCAAGAACAACAGUACAUGAAAGUGAAAGUAAAAAGGCUCACGCACCUCUCUCACUCUCGUCAGUCUGUUCAGGACCAGCAUGCAAAACACAACCGCCACAUUAGAACCUGAUUCGUUAGAUUAUUAUUAUUAUCAUUCCGAUUUGUAUUCAUAACUUAUUCAUUUUGCUCUUUGUAAUUGCUAUUUGUAAUUGUCCCUGCAGGAUUUAUGAAGAAAUUCAUAUGUAGAGGUACCACUUUACAAAACCGUGUCUCGUAGGUUUCACCUACUGGUGGUGGUAACGAACAAAACUUAACAAGCCAGAUAUGCAGAGAUAUUCACAUAAACCACAGAAUGAAAAACAAGGAUGUUUUAUCUAUAUUAUGAUAACAAAUGUACACAGAAUAGUUUCACAGCACACAGAGUGAAAUUUUAAUUGAAGGUGGAAAGGUGUUGCAACAUUGAAGAUCUAACCAAGCCAAUUAAAUAACAUGUCAUAUGAGCUUGACAAGAAUCAUGUUGGUUGCAAGAAUAAAAUCUUUGUUUUGUAAUGUGCAACAAACCAGUACAUAAUAUUCUGUCAGUUUAUUUACAGUGUACAGACAGCGUUUUAUAUUAUAACCUCCGCCAGUAAGACUAAACCUACAGAUGGCAUUGGUUAUAUGUUCCGUAUGUCUGUUUGUAUGUUUGUGUUCAAGAUAACUCAAGAACAAUUAAAAGGAAUAAUAUCAAACUUGUGAGAUGUGUUUGUAAUACAGUACGAAACGGAAGGGGUGAUUAAAUAUUGGGGUAAUAAGGUGAAAUGUCUUACAGCUCCGAAAAGGAAUUUUACAAUAACAAUAUCGUCAAUAAUAAUUAGCAUGUCUAACUCAUAUUUGCAGGGUAGGAGAAAUGAAGAGAAAAGGUCAGAAAUUAGGCAAUGUUCUGUAAUUGGCUGCUUGGGCUGUUUUUUUUUUUGUUGUUGUUGUUUUUUUUUUGGUCAUUUUUACCUGUGGACAAAACAACAGAACAAAAGCUGUCAAAGUUGUCAAAAUCAUUGCAUUGUUGUUGAUCAGCAUCAUUGCUAAAAAUCCUCAAAUUCCUCUGUCUCCCGUGUUUUCUCCUUUUGUAUUGUUGUAUUAUCGGUAUCGCUUAUGCUCAUGCUGGUCAUCGAGUUGCUGGAUUCUGUUCUAUCUGAUUAUGGGCUGAAAGCGGGGUACACCCUGAACGAGUUGCAGGACAUCCAUGGAUAAACAUCCUUUCACAGUCACACCUAAGGACAAUUCAAAGUGUUUGACAAACCAACGACGCAUGUGAGGAGCCAGAGUACCCAGUAAAAACAUUUAGGCAUGGGCAAUAUGCGAACACGUCGAAGUAAGGGCUCAAUGUCUGAACUGUGAGGCAGACACACUAACCUAGUGGUCACCAUGCUGUAAUGAAGGUAAACAACUCUUUUGAAAUUUGUGCUAUGUUGUUUGUAGUUCUAUUAAAAUAUAUAUGGCGGAAAAAACACUCAGGUGACUUGAAUUUCCGCUCUGAGACCCCCAAUUUGGCCAACUUUCAAAAUUGUCCGAUAUGCAUGUGUGAUACAUCAUUGGAAAGCUAAAAAUCUCAAUUUUCACGGGGAAAAAAUUUUUGAACAGGAGGGAUUUUUUUUUUUUUUUUAAAUGUUUUUUAAACAACAAAACCCUAUCUGGAGGUGAGAGCAUGCGAGAGCAGAAUUACAGACGCCAUGACUUUAACGAGAUAUUAUCGCGCACGUACCUUGUUUCGAUCUAAAACCUCCAUGUAGCAUGUAUCACAGAGUGUCAAGACACAGAUUUAAAUGGCCACAGCGGGAUUUUUUUGGGAUUUUAUGUGUGAAACAUGGUAAUAUAACAAGGGUCGCGAUGCAGAAAUCGCAGACAUCAAGGAGUGGUCGAGAUUUUCAUAUAUUUUCCCUUUUCCCGUUUUUUUUUUUUCAAUUUUUCUUUGUAUCGAUUAUUUAUCAUCUAACAUAUCGGAGAAAAUGCGACAGUAACAAAAAGCAUUUAAGCGAUAGUUAUGAGGUAGAGAUCCGUGACUUUUUUACAGAUGCCAUUUUUUUUCAUUAUGACAUAAUUUGUUUAAAAGUUUAAAAUAUGUCAGUGAAUAAUUUUUUAAAGUUUUUUUUUUUUUUUUUUUAACGAAAUAUGA